UGAUGGAUCACGCAUGUUGCUGGUAGCUGAACAGGAUAUUUAAUAAGUGCUGUGUGUUCAUUACAUCAGAUUAAGUUUUUGUAAAAAAUCGUCCAGUUUUCUAGUUAUUUCCUUACUUAAAAAAUCUAUAUCAACGUGUUACACAAUGGCAGACUUCGAUGCAUCGAAAAGCUCCGUUGACCCCGAGCUGCAGGACUUCCUAAUGGCCGAAAAACAGAAGGCUCAACUGAGUGCUCAGAUUCACGAGUUCAACGACAUUUGCUGGGACAAAUGUGUGGACAAACCGGGCAGCAAACUGGACAGCCGGACGGAAUCCUGCCUAAACAAUUGUGUGAAUCGAUUCAUUGAUACUUCUCUACUCAUUGCUAACCGCUUCGCCCAGACGCUGCAGAAAGGACAAUCGGGGAUGUGAGCCGAUAUGUGGGCGCGGAAGUUUAGGCCGAAGAAGGGUGCAUUUUGCUGGUUAAGAAUUUAGUUCGGAAAUACAUACGUUUUUAAAUCUUAGGUAUUAUA